AUGGAUGCUGAUGCUGAGGAGGGCAUGGAUAUUGAGCAGUGGAUAGGCCAUAUUGCUGAUUUACAGGCUGCCCAUUCAUCCCACGUCGCUGGCAUGGUAUAUGGCUGUGUCAUGCAGGAACAGGCUGGCAGCAUGGCCCACCGGUGGGAGAUGUUCUGGUUAUCCAGUACUAAUUGGCAUCAGUUUUUAGGGUUUAGCGCCCUGGGCCACCCAUCUAUAUUAGGCAAGUGCAAACGGGCCCCAUGGGAGGAUGAGGCUGAGGUCAGCUGCAUGGAAUGCCGGCACCAGUUGGCAAUAAUGGAUCUGGAGGCCGCCGCGCAGUGCAUGAUGGGGCGGCCUGCCAUGUGGUUCUGGGGUGUCCAGGACCCGGCCAUGCGCGCCAUCCAGUGGGGGGAGAGCCCUGUGGUCGCAGUGAUGCCCAUGGGUGGAGGGAAGAGUAUAUUGUUUAUAGUGCCUGCGUUCACUGCCCCUGGGGGCACCACCAUCAUUGUGGUGCUACUCAUUGAGCUCGGCAUAUCAUGUGUGCUAUGGGAGAGCUGGCGGCCCCCUGAUGCCGCAUCUAUCAUGUUGGUGACGCCUGAGUCCGCGGUGAGCCCUGAUUUCCAGAUGUUUUUGAACUGGCUGCGGUGGACCCGGCGGUUGGACCAGAUCAUGAUUGAUGAAUGCCAUGUGGUGUUGAAUUCCCAGCGCGAUUUCUGGCCCCAGAUGUCCCAGCUGGGCCGCAUGGAGGCCAAAUUAUGCUGGCGGAUGAAGUAUGACCAGGCUGCUGUGACCAUAUACCAGGCCCAGACUAGCCAGCCGAACGUGGCAUACUGGGUGUGGUGGCCGGACAUGACUGGGGUGGGCUGGGGCCCAUAUCAGUGGAUCAAGAGCAAGGCGGUGGUGGCAUUCAUUCAGGACCGCAUCCGACGGGCUGCUGGGGGAAGGUGA